AGCUAGCUAAUCAUGGGGGUGUAAAUAUUUGAACUCACUCAGUGCUCGCUGUUCUUGGCGGAGUCUGAGAUUUGAAGGAGGCUGCCAGUACUCUUAUUGCAAUAGCUGCAUGGCUUUCAUCAUGAUGAAGAAAAAGAAAUUUAAGUUUAAAGUUGAUUUCGAGCUGGACGAACUGUCCUCUGUUCCCUUUGUUAACGGUGUCCUGUUUUGUAAAGUCAGGCUUCUUGACGGUGGCUUUUCAGAGGAGUCGUCUCGAGAGAUGGUCCAGGCCAACUGCGUCCACUGGAGGAAGAAGUUCUCCUUCCUGUGCAAGAUGAGCGCCAGCGCCAGCACGGGCGUGCUGGACCCCUGCUUGUGCCGCGUGUCCGUACGCAAGGAACUGAAGGGUGGAAAGACGUAUGCUAAGCUCGGUUUCGCUGACCUGAACCUGGCGGAGUUUGCGGGCUCCGGUAGCACCACCCGCCGGUGCCUGCUGGAGGGGUACGACACCCGGAACAUGCGGCAGGACAACUCCAUCCUGAAGGUGGUGAUCAGCACGCAGCUUAUGUCGGGGGACCCCUGCUUCAAAACGCCUCCGUCCACCGCCACGUACAUUGGCAUACAGGGAGAUGCGGAGCGGCUGCACGAGGACAGGAAAGGCAGAGACUCGUACGCACAGCUCCAAGAGCACCCAGGGAAAUGUGCCUCCGUGCCCGAAGACCUGGGAGUGUACAGCCACUCCAGAACCUCCAGCUACGCCAGCCAGCAUUCCAAAGUUUCAGGCUACAGCACGGGGCACUCUCGCUCCUCCAGCCUUUCGGAGCUCACCCACAGGAGGAACACCUCGGUGGACAGCGCCUCCACGGGCAUCGCCAGCAUCCCCGAGCCCAGCGAGGCCUGCGCCACCGUCCCCGAACACCCGGGCACCCCCGUCCACGGCUGCUCAUCUUCCGAACGCCUCAGCAGGCACACGGUCAAGCAGGACUCGAUGGAGUCGCAGCUCAAGCGGGUCGAUGCCACGCGCGUGGACGCCGACGACAUCGUGGAGAAGAUCCUGCAGAGUCAGGACUUCACCCACAGCCUGCUGGACUCCAGCGCUGAAGAGGAGGGUCUGCGCCUGUUUGUUGGUCCUGGAGGAAGCACUGCACUGGGCAGCCAACACACCAGGGUUGCCGCCGGGUCAUACGAGCAGGUGGUGAUAAAGCGUUAGCCGCCAGGGGUGCCCACCGCGGGGGCGGCGCCGCCGCCAACGCGUGACGGGGAGGCGGAGGCGGCAGCAGAAAUAUCUCGCUCCGUUCCGGUAGAACGGUCUGACUCGAAAGCGGGGCUGGCGGACUGGCUGCGGGCAGCAACACCGCCCCCUGGUGUUUGUGUGAAUCCGUGUCCGUGAUUACUCAUUCCUCCAGUGUACUGAAGGCUUCUUCCAAAGGGCUGGCCUUUUUGGAUGCGCCCGUUGAGCGUGACUUAGCUUUUCAGUGUUCAGAAAGCUUACACAGAGUGCCACAGCCCUGAGGCCUAAACUGCAUUUAUAGACUUAGUACUCCAUUUAAACAGGAGGGGGAAUACUGUGGUCUGUCCACCCCCAGCUUCCCUUUUAUAAAAUGUUUUAGGCGGUUGUCGACAUUUCAUUUUAGUGCCCGUUUUUUUAAGCUGUCCGUUAAUUUGCUUCGAAAAGGUCGUUUGUUCAAAUUCCCGAAGGAGCCUGGGCAUUCGGUUUUUGGUGCCUUUGGCACGCUCGCCUUUUUCUGAACUGACAAAGCCCCAUAGCUCCCAGCACAGCGCGCCGGCGUGCCCUGCUGCAGCAAUAACGCUAACACAGACCAUAGAGCUCGAGAAAGCCUAGAGCGGACACCAAGCGGCGCAACUUUUGACCCCACGGAGGUCCCAGAUUUACCCAUCGGCAGAAAGAGGAGUUUUCAUGUGCAGUUCCGCAGAUGAAGCGAUGCGCGUGGGGGAACCUGAAGCUGUGGUGGCGAUGACAGCGGACAGCAGACGUCUGGAUUGCAAACGAGUCUCUAUGGUGCGCUUCAGAGUCUCCACUGCCACAUGGACCCGGCUCAGGCGCUUACCGAGGCCCAUUACCCAGCUGUUACCGCCACUUUUCGCCCACCGCGGCACGAAGCUGUCCCCUCGCACAAAAACGACCCUUCAGCGUCGCGAGACGCGUUCGGACAAGCGGACUCUUCUCUCAUGCACAUAUCAGAGCUUUAUUUUUUCAGAAUGUUGGUUUUGAUACUGUAGGACAGAUGCGCCAUACUGACACUGCUUCUGGAGUUCUAACGGUUAAAGUCACGGAGUACGAUGUGUGUGGCUUCCGUUGAAAGAAAUCCGAGCUUGGUUCAAAAUGAUCUGACAAAUGUUCAUGCUGAGUAUAGUGUUCAAAGGAAAUUUGAAGUUGCUCAUACCACUAUUAAAAUGCCAUACGGUACAUAUACCGACAAUUUUUAUGAAGUGAAGUUAUUUUUGAUGUCUUAAUGAAUGAAAUUGUAUGUCUCGAACAUGCUAGACAUGAACAAUUCUAUUGCCAUUUGUUUAUGUACGUAUGUGCAAUACUCCAUCAGGGGUCCUGUGUGCGUGAGUGUGUGCGUGUCUGUGUUUGAGUGUCUUUGUGUUUGUUUCAGAGAUUUUCCUGUAGUUUGCCAAGUCUUAAUUCGUCCUGUGGAACCUGGUGAUUCUCACUGACGUCUCAAAUGACAGCAUUAUGCUGAAACUCUUAAGCCUCGUCAUACCUCCAGGGCCUGUAAAAUGUCUUGUGUAAUCCGUAUCGUAUGUCCUUAAGCCAAAGGUCUUAUUCAGUGUUCUGUCGUUGGCUUUUUCAGUGCAGUCGUGUAGAACUGGAAAUAUUUUGCAGCAAAGAUGGACGGCGGGCUUGGUUUAGUUUAUGUUCUCCGUUCGGAUAUGAUUAAAAACAUAUGAAUAUGUCCCACUGUGAUGUUUGGAGUAGGGGAAUAUGUGAAGGCUGGGGCCUCCCUCGUCCCUGCAAAUGCAGAUCCUCUCCUGCAGGCCCACCUGCUCUCGAGACCAAAGCUCUUCCAACUUAGCGGUUGUCCUUGUGUCCUUGUGCCCUUCCACAAACUCGGCCGAGUUGUGUCGUUACGUUCGACUUCUGUCUUCUGCCUGCAGAGCGAUAUCCACCCAGGCCGUCUCCAGCUGUACGUCACUUGUCUGUAACUCCAUGUUUUGUCGGGCGUUCAUCUGAAAUUUGUGAGGCUUUAAAGUCCAAGUCUGAAUGAAAGAGCCAGUUGUUGAUAAGCACAAGGUUAAGGUGAACCGAGACAAAAGAAACAUUACAAAUGUGUGUGACGUAUGAGAUAUGCCCAGCAAAUAAGGAGCUAUUUGCACCUGCAGCUCAGCAUUGAUCUCUAUGGACUUGCUGCAUUGUCUCUCACAGUGGAACCACGCAACUCUUCCUCUAUACGAAUUCUUGAAUCUUGAAGACUUGAUUUGAAUUCCAGCAGAAAUGCGUAGUUUCGCUAAAGAUCUGAAAAUAAUUUGUUUCAAGGUUAUGUUCGUGCCUAAGACUACAUUGUAUGGUUUAUGUGAUGGGACUUGGACAUUAAAUGCACAGGAGCAUAAACUGUUUAUUAUUGUGAAAUGUUGUACUUGCCUGUUUGACAGUGCUUCAUGGCCUAAAAAAAGCAGAAUAUUGCCAUUGUUUAAUCCAAAAUGUAAAUAUUUACAUGUUCGCUGUGUAUUGUCAAUUAAAAACAUUUCAACAAUCGAAA